CCCAAUCAUCGGGGUAAAAAAAAGUCUUGAUCUUUUUUUGUUUGGAGUAAUGGUGGGUGCUUUGUUUGUUGUUGGCUCAUCGGUGAUGGAUUCGCCGAGCGGUCCAUGUUUGUGUCUGGAUGCUCACACGAGGAGAUCUCCGAGCAAGAAGAAGAUCCUUGGCAGUCCAAGAAAGCUGCAACUAGGAAGCUCCUUUAUUGAUUCAGGCAUUGUUUUUAGGCUUUCUUCGAAGCCGCGUCCCACGGAUUGCGAUCGAAGAGCAAAAAAGCUCUUGAUUGUGAACGAGGACGUUGCUGGGAAUUAUGACGAUACCUUCGGAGAUGUCCAAAAGCAAAUUGUUAAUUAUUUCACAUACAAAGCUGUGAGGACGGUUCUUCAUCAGCUCUACGAAAUGAAUCCUCCCCAAUACACUUGGUUCUAUAAUCACAUCGUGUCCAACAGACCAACCGAUGGCAAACGUUUCCUUCGCUCCCUCGGCAAGGAGAGUCAGGAGCUUGCAGAAAGAGUGAUGAUCACGCGUCUCCACUUGUAUGGCAAGUGGAUCAAGAAAUGCGACCAUGGGAAGAUAUACCAAGACAUAUCGGAUGAGAACUUGGCAUUGAUGCGUGAACGCCUGAUGGAGACCGUGAUAUGGCCUUCCGAUGACUCAAACUCAGAGAUAAUUGGCUGAAGAAGGCUGUCACACCACAGCAUUUCCGUUGUCAAUUCGCAUCUCAGUUUUAGGACCUUAAUUUUUUUUUUGUAGUUUGAUUUCAUAUAAUAUAGUCAUUGAGCAGUGUGUAUAUGUGUCUAUUCUUGGCAUGUACUGUUUAUGAUGAUGAUAUAUAGGGGCAAAAACUAUACCCUUCUUGUGCUCA